GACACCAAAGGUUUGAAUUGUUAUAUUGGGGUUAGAUGAGGAGGACACCAAAGGUUUGAAUUGUUAUAUUGGGGUUAGAUGAGGAGGACACCAAAGGUUUGAAUUGUUACAUUGGGGUUAGAUGAGGAGGACACCAAAGGUUUGAAUUGUUACAUUGGGGUUAGAUGAGGAGGACACCAAAGGUUUGAAUUGUUAUAUUGAGGUUAGAUGAGGAGGACACCAAUGGUUUGAAUUGUUAUAUUGGGGUUAGAUGAGGAGAUCACCAAAGGUGUUCUGUUUUGUAUCAGCGAUAGGUCUCCAGCUUUGCAGCAGCACACAUGGCAGAAUCAACCACAUGCAGGUUUGGGUCCUUGGAAGAAGAACUGUGUUUCUGGAAGGAGCAAGCUGAGAGACAUCAGCAAAGGGCUGAGGAGACUCAAGAGGAGCUGCAGGAAUUCCAGCAGAUGAGUCGGGACUACGAGGCCGAGCUGGAGACGGAGCUGAAGCUGUGUGAGGGCCGGAACAAAGAGCUGCUGUCUGCCAACAACAGACUCCGCUUGGAAAUGGAAAGCAUUAAGGAGAAAUUUGAUGCUCAGCAUUCAGAAGCUCUGAGGCACAUUUCCACUCUGGAGGACGAUCUGACAGAGACCAAAGCAGUCAGAGAUCACCUGCAGAAAUACAUCAGGGAGCUGGAGCAGUCGAACGAUGAUCUGGAGAGGACCAAGAGGGCUACCAUCAUGUCUCUGGAGGACUUUGAGCAGCGGAUGAACCAGGUUAUUGAGAGGAAUGCCUUUCUGGAAAGUGAACUGGAUGAGAAGGAGAACCUGCUUGAAUCUGUUCAGAGGCUCAAGGAUGAAGCGAGAGACCUGCGGCAGGAGCUCGCUGUACGCCAGAAGGACAGACGGCGGUCCAGCAGCCUGACCAAAGACCCGGAGCGACCUGAUCUACCGUGUCCUUCAUCUACUAACCCCUCCCUUCCCGCUACGCCCUCCAAACCGAUUGGCUCAUUUGUCACCCCUCCUGCUUCCAGAAUUCGGCGAGGUGACUGUCUGACAGGAAGCCCGCUCACCACAUCGGCGAGAAUAUCUGCACUCAACAUUGUGGGAGAGCUGCUGAGGAAAGUGGGAAAUCUGGAGUCCAAACUGGCAUCAUGUCGAGACUUUGUUUACGACACAGCUGCCAGCAGGCCGGCGCUUCUGCCCGGUGCUGCUUCUCCUUCAGGGAUAGACGGAGGCCACGAGGUGCAAACUAGCAGCAUGAGUCCUCCGCCUCAUUACGACAGUUUGGUGAAGCGGUUAGAGUUCGGACCUGCUCCUCCGAGAGGCGUCCCCCAGGGCCCACAGUCACCACAGGGAGGAGUCAAGAUCCUGCUAUGAAAGAAACGAGGCGGUGCCCACCUCUCUCCCUCACUAACCGCAUUCCCUCAUCACCGCCGCUGAUCUCUUCGGACAGUAAAACGCAGCUCUCCUUGUUUUGUGCCGCUCACAGGAGGAGUGUGGGCUUAGAUGAGUUUUGCAGCAUGAAUGAUGCAGAAAAGUGGUCUGUUGUCAAAUCAGGGAUCGUACGUGCCCGCCUCCAGCCCCGCCCCUUUGCGUGGAUAAGUGUUGACGCUCGGCUGGUUGCUUCAGCACAUCAGCUUUAAGAUGAUCGAAGGACUACGUGCUGAAAAAAAAAAUCUCCGGCUUUAAAGACUCAAAAUCAAGAUUUCAAAAUGCAGUAUUCAAGUUGUUCACAAUAAAUAAAAUUUUGGGGGGAAAAUUCAAAUGGUCUUUGAUGGCGUUCAGAGCACACUACGGUUCAAUAAGCAUACAAGUGGGGGCGCUAUUUUACCAAAGUUCAAACAAAUUAGAAAUCAAUAUGAGAGUAAACUCUUCGUUCUUCCACCAAAUUUCAUUGAAUUCCAUGUUUAUCUUGUUGGAGAUCUGCUGACAAACAGCCGUGAUCACAUGACCUUUGCACAUGUAAAAAUAGAGGAUUAUUCCCAUGAUGCCUUACUACUUCUAAAAUCCACAGAAUGCAAAUGUUCAAACUACUCAUACAAACUUGUCACUGUUGACAGACCAAAAGUUGAAUUGAUUACAGCCUGAUUGAUGAUCAAUGCUGAAACUUCUUUUUAUUAUUUUUUUUUAUUUCAUAAAUCUGAAAUUGUAUUUUGAACACAUGCAGUGUGAAAUUAGAUUUGGCUUAAAAAUUCAGAAUUAUUUUAAUUUGAAUUUUUGUUGUAUAAAGAAUCCCAAAUAAGAGCCUGUUACAAUCGGUUAUUUGCAGAUCGUUACACUGACGCAAAACUGAAACAUGCAAGAAGAAGAAGAAAAAGCGUCAAGUGAGAAAUCAGUUAAGCAAAUAUCCAGUUUUGAUGUGUUGUGGACUUUAAUGAGCUGCUACUGAUUAACAGUGGCAAAGAUUACAGCUAGGAGAACUUAUAUAUAUAUAUAUAUAUAUAUAUAUAUAUUAACCCAUAAUCACACAGAAUGAAAAUUCUCCGCUGCUGCAGAAUUUGUAAUUAGUUGUUAGUUACUGUCGGUAUUUUAGCUGUCGCUGCCAUCAGUGCGCUGACUGCUUCAGUUCCUAAUUAACUAACCUGGUGUCAGUUAAACUAUUGAUUUGAUAAUUAACAAUAAAUCUGUUAAGUCAUUUCUUAAGAUUAAAAAAUCCCAAAUCUUUGUCAGAUGCGAACAUUUUUCCCUCCUCUUUUGAAAUGGAUUUUAAAAUGUUUUGAACUUGAUCACUACUUAUUUGGAACUGGUUUUAAAUGGCUACAAAACAAAAAAAUUAAAUGUUUUAAAGCUGGUUAAAUUACAGUUAAUCUGGAUGAUCUAGAUUAAGAAAAGACUGGUUUAAAGUGGUGUUAACUGGUUUACAGAUGGAUUUUAAAUGGCUCAAAACCAGUUUACAUCAAGUAUAUUUGAGAAUGUGGCUUAGUUUGGUUAUUGAAUCCAACUAAAUGAAACUCUAGACUAUUGGUUAAACAAAAAUAGAUCUGCCUUGGGUUCCUAGAAAGUUAAACUUUUUUUUAUUUUUAGGUAGGUUUCCUAAUCUUGGUUAAAUGCUAUCUGUGGUUGCAUGGACUCGUACUAACAGAUUGUUUUUAUUAUGAAAGUUAAAAUAAUGUUUUCUACCUUUUUGAUUAAAACAUAUUUUUACUUGCUGCUCAGUUUAGUUUAGUAGGAGUUACCAGGAAGCUGCAGGAGGAGAAACUUGAGCAGUAAUAGAUUUUAACAUCUUGUUUGCCUUUUUUUUUUGGUGACUUUUCAUUGCUGCUCCACACAUACAGAAAAUGGUAAAGAUAUACAGACCUUUAUACUUUACUGUAUACAGAAAAAAAAUAUUACAAAUAUUUUCUGCUCCUUUAAUUUCCAUAAACUAACCUGUGUGUAAUCCAGAUUAGAGCCUGACCGAUAUGGAUUUUCGGGGGCUGAUACCAGUAUGAGGAAGUUUAAAAAUUCAUAGACAUAUCUGCCGAUACAUUAAAAAAAAAAAAAAAAAAAUGGCAGUGAUUC